UUCAGUUCAGUUGUGGUGUGUCCGUCUAGUCUGUUGUGUAUUGUGUUUUGCUCGGCUAACGGUUUGUCGCUGUCAUUGUUGGUUGUUUUGCAUUUUUUUGUAAUUGAUAGGAUUUCAGAUCCGGCUAUGUGAUGUGUAAAUCCCAUAAGAAAAAAGAAUAAUAGAUUUUGUGAUUUCUUUGUUAAGUUAAAGAGUUCUUUGACACCGUCCGCGUUUUUAGAAAUUAUUGGUAGCUUAGCUACAAAAUCAAAAUGUUAAAACAAAGCAGAAACAAAUAAGUCUAAAAUAGCGUUAACUCCUCACAUGUGCUUGUACUUAUACUUACAGUUUUAAUGUAAAAUUAAUUGUUUGUAAUUGUAGCUAAAAUAUAUGAUAUUUGUUUUUGAAAAUAAAAAGUUUUUUAAUCAUCGAAUCGAUUAUACAAUUUAAAAUACCGUCUAUGGUAUGCUAUUAAAUAUUAAAACUUAGCAAAGUUUUGAGGGAACCUAUUGGCAUGUGCUUGGUUCUUGGGUGGAAUAACAAACACAAAACUAGUGCAUAUAAAAAAUCAUGAUAAUUAUGUAGGAAGAAGUGAAAAUGUGAAAAUAAAGAAAACAAAACAAAACAAAUAAUCGCGUACCUAUGAGCAAAGACAUUUUAUGAGUGUCGUCCGUUCGUUCGUUGAAUGACCCCUUGAACUGAAGUGAUUUAUCAACCUUUUUAUAGAAAAAAUUUAAUUAGUUAUAAAAACAUAAAAUAACCACGACGCGUGGUCGUCGGUUUGAAUUAUUGUCAACGGUGAUUUCAAAACCCGGAAGUAGCAAGGUCAUUGUAUACUCUGCUGACUGCUGAUUCUCUCAUUUAUUGUGGGAAUCUAUUAGGCGUAACUUAAACUAUAGUGACUCAAUGGAGUGAUCAAAAAAUAGAAUACCUACAUCAUUCAAGAAUUCCAAGUAAGGCUGCGGAUCUUAAAUGACUCUACCAAUAACAUCCGCUGACUGAUUUAUGUGCUGUGUUAAAACAAAACUUUGUGAUAUUCAAUAAUAUAUGCUUAAAAAACUCUACAUAGUAUACAAUUAUAUUAUUAUGAAAAUAUAUGCUGAUACUAAAUUAUUCAACAAAAGUGCUAAUUAAAAAAUUUAACAAGUUACAAAAAACAACAAGAGCAAGAUGACCAUCACAUACACUGCCGAAGUUGCGACAUGUAGGGGAUUCGGAUGCUUUCUCAAAUUGUUGCUGAGGUGGCGUGGCAGCAUCUACAAAUUAGUUUGGCUUGACCUGCUGUUUUUCCUCAUAGCGUAUUAUGGUUUAAAUAUAAUGUAUAGGUAUUGUUUGGAUGAUUACCAGAAAAAAACAUUCGAAGAAGUCGUUAAAUAUUGUGCCACUUACAGUAACCUCAUUCCACUAUCGUUUGUGCUCGGAUUCUAUGUUCAAAUUGUUAUGACACGAUGGUGGAAUCAAUAUACGAGUAUACCCUGGCCGGAUCCUAUAGCCGUUUUCGUCAGCUCAAAUAUGCACGGUCAAGAUGAACGUGGUCGUGUUAUGCGCCGAACGGUUAUGCGUUAUGUGUGUCUUUGCCUUACCAUGGCGUUGAUUAAUAUUUCACCUCGAGUUAAGAAACGCUUUCCCAGUUUGGACAACCUUGUGGACGCCGGUCUUCUUGUCGAAAAUGAAAAAGUCAUUAUCGAAAGUCUAAAUUCAAAAUUUCCAAGGCAUUCAAAACAUUGGUUGCCAAUUGUGUGGGCUGCGAGUAUAGUUACUCGGGCCCGUAAAGAGGGUAGGAUACGUGAUGACUUUGCUGUUAAGACAAUUAUAGACGAAUUGAAUAAAUUCCGUGGGCAAUGUGGAUUGUUGAUCUCAUACGAUACAAUAAGUGUACCCCUCGUUUACACACAAGUGGUAACGCUUGCUGUUUAUUCUUUCUUUUUAACUUCUGUAAUGGCCCAACAAUGGAUUGAUAACAAAGGCGUUACGAAUGGAGUCACCAUAAAUAUCGACUUGUAUUUCCCAAUUUUUACAACCUUGCAAUUUUUCUUCUACAUGGGUUGGUUGAAAGUGGCUGAGUCAUUGAUUAAUCCAUUUGGCGAGGAUGAUGACGAUUUUGAGGUCAAUUGGAUGGUCGAUCGAAAUUUGCAAGUUUCUUAUAUGAUUGUUGAUGAAAUGCAUCACGAGCAUCCAGAACUUAUUAAGGAUCAGUAUUGGGAUGAGAUUUUCCCCAACGAAUUACCCUACUCCCAAGCUACAGAGAAGUUCCGCGAAGAGCAUCCCGAAGCAUCGACAGCUAAAAUUGAAGUUUCCAAAUCAGCAGCGAUGCCCACCAACUUGUCUAGUGUGAAGAUCGAUGAAAUGGUUGGUAAAACAGGUCAAAUGCAAGCAGUUAAUUAUAAAUUCCCAGAAACGGAUCCUAUCGAGGAGGUGGACGAUGCAGCUAGUGGAAUUCACUUUACUGCUGGCAAUGGAAAAACGCGCCAAGGCUCGUCCCCAAGCUUGGUCAGCCUUAGUGGAACAAUAUCUAGGGUAAAUACAGUAGCAUCUGCACUAAAACGCUUCUUGAAUCGCGAAGAAACUCGUCCUGGCUCGGCAACGCCAACAUCUGAGCAAGGUAAUUACCGUUUUCCUGGUUCUGUGAGUUCAACAAGUCUAGUUCCGCAAGGUGUUGCUAAAGUUCCUGCAAGUGGAAGCAUGCGAAUAACGGACCAAGUGAUUGAAGAAGUUGACGAACAAAUGACAAUAACGUCACAACGUGGUGCUGAUAGUGCAAGACCCAAUGUAAAGGAUAUAUUUAGUGGAAGUAAUGAAAUGCAUGAUCGUUCAGAUCCUAUUGAUGUUCCAAAAUAUACACGUGUGCAAUCGAAUGGUGAACCAUCACUAUUUCCUCCAGGUGGAGUUGAUGCUUUACUGUCGACUUCAGCUCCGAGUUCAAGGAAUCCUGCAUUUGCGUCUCAAACUGUACCAUGUUCGCCAAUGGGUGAUAGCACAAAAAGUUUAUUCCAUCAAAGCGAGAAAGAUGAUGGAAGCAGGGAGACAGUGCGUAUGGGAGGACCAAGCAACUUUCGUUGGUUUGUUUCACCGGCAGUGGAGGAAUCCGAAUCAAAAUCAAAUUUGGACCCUACUGAAGACGAUGACUUCGAAAAGCUGCGAGUGGCACGUGAAAAAGAGCGACUGGAACGCCAGAAAAUAAAACUAGCAAGAUCGAUAAGUACCGCUCCUGGAAUUAAUCUAGAGGGAGAGGUUUCUAUGGAACAAUUGGCUUCAUCACAAUCGGCAACGGCUCCACCAGUUGAUGCAACCACAGGCACAGAGGAAGACCCUUCAACGGUCUCCACAUCCCCGUCCCAAAAUUUAUAGCGAAGCGAUCGGCCGUUAGUUCUUUUUUAUUUUCCAAGCGAAUAGUAAGCACUUGAAAUUAAGCACACAUUUUUUUGUAAAUAUUUUCAAAUGGUUUGUGUAUUAACCAAUGUUAUUUUUUUUUCAUUUCCUAUUUUAAAAAGAAAUCAAUUCACAUUUGAUUACUAUCCAAUAUUUUAGGAAGAAAUAAAAUAAAUAUAAAUAUUUUAAUAUUUAAUAAUAUUUUUUUUUACAUAAUCGAUUUAAGAAUUUAUUGUGUUUUUAGUUCACAAAAAUAAAAUAGCUUUACAAUAAAUUGGGAGCAAAAUUAAAAAUCGCCAAUGUGUAGUUACCUCACAUGUUGGUAAAAAUUAUUGCCUUUCUAAAUAAACGCUGUGAAUUGUUUAUAAAAAAAAAAACAAAAAGACAUUGAUGUAAAAGAAAACGACACUAUUUUUAGUUAGGAAUUUCUAAUUGUUUAUUUUUUUACUGAAGCGUUGUAAUUGAAACUUAUAAUUUAUUUUGCUACCAUAAAUAAAAAGCUCACAUUAACGUUUACUAAUAUUAAGUAUCAGGAGAAGCGAAAGUAUUAUUAAAAGUGAUAACUAUGAGUAAUUUAUGAGGAGAGUUAUCUGUUUUAUAGAGACGAGUUUAAUGAGCAUAUUAGAUAUAACCCCUUUUACAUAAUAUACAACAUUGUAGUUAAUAAAUUAACGAAUUAAAAAAAAAUAAUGAAUAAGUUUUGUGAUUGUAAUUUUCAAUAUAAGUAGAAAUUAUCUAUUAAAAAAAUAAAUACAAAAAAUAUUAAAGUUAACCAAAUCAAA